CCUGGGCGCGCGCUUCGGGGCGGCCGUGGGUUCCCGUGCGGUGUGCGGGACGUGUGCCUGUAGAUCUACCCCCGCAGCCCGUCCCCACUCAGCCCAUUCAGCCCUCUCUCAGCUCCUGCUCGCCAUGGAGUCGCUGGCUUUACCCCGGCGUCACGGCCCAGCUCCUGCGGCGGCCGCCGCCGUCUUGGCCAGUGGGCUCAAGUCGCCCAAGCCGCUGAUGAAGAAGCAGGCGGUGAAGCGGCACCACCACAAGCACAACCUGCGGCACCGCUACGAAUUCCUGGAGACCCUGGGCAAGGGCACGUACGGCAAGGUGAAGAAGGCGAGGGAGAGCUCGGGGCGCCUGGUGGCCAUCAAGUCAAUCCGGAAAGACAAAAUCAAAGAUGAGAAAGAUCUGAUGCACAUUCGGCGAGAAAUCGAGAUCAUGUCAUCACUCAACCACCCCCACAUCAUUGCCAUCCAUGAAGUGUUUGAGAACAGCAGCAAGAUCGUGAUCGUCAUGGAGUACGCCAGCCGCGGCGACCUGUAUGACUACAUUAGCGAGCGGCAGCGGCUCAGCGAGCACGACGCCCGUCACUUCUUCCGGCAGAUCGUCUCCGCUGUGCAGUACUGCCAUCAGAACGGGGUUGUCCACCGGGACCUCAAGCUGGAGAACAUCCUACUAGAUGCCAAUGGAAAUAUCAAGAUCGCUGACUUUGGCCUCUCCAACCUCUACCACCAAGGCAAGUUCCUGCAGACAUUCUGCGGGAGCCCUCUGUACGCCUCGCCUGAGAUCGUCAAUGGGAAGCCCUACACGGGCCCAGAGGUGGACAGCUGGUCCCUGGGUGUCCUCCUGUACAUCCUGGUGCAUGGCACCAUGCCCUUCGACGGGCAGGACCAUAAGACGCUGGUGAAGCAGAUCAGCAACGGGGCCUACCGGGAGCCACCGAAACCCUCAGAUGCCUGUGGCCUGAUCCGGUGGUUGUUAAUGGUGAACCCCACCCGCCGGGCUACCCUGGAGGAUGUGGCCAGCCACUGGUGGGUCAACUGGGGCUAUUCCACUCGCGUGGGGCAGCAGGAGCCUCUGCAUGAGGGAGGACACCCUGGCAGUGACUCUGGUAGGGCCUCCGUGGCUGACUGGCUCCGGCGGUCCUCCCGCCCCCUCCUGGAGAACGGCGCCAAGGUAUGCAGCUUCUUCAAGCAGCACGCACCCGGAGGUGGGAUCAUGGCCGCCAGCCUGGAGCGCCAGCAUUCGCUCAAAAAGUCCCGCAAAGAGAAUGACAUGGCCCAGCCUCUGCAGGGGGACCCUGCUGAGGACACCUCCCCUCGUCCUAGCAAGAGCAACCUCAAGCUACCAAAGGGCAUUCUCAAGAAGAAGGUGUCUGCCUCCUCGGACUGGGCAGGGAAGGACUCGGAGCUCAGCCCGGCCCCCGGGAGCCCAGGGCAGGCUGCCCCACUGCUCCCCAGGAAGGGCAUCCUCAAGAAGUCUCGGCAGCGGGAAUCCGGCUACUACUCCUCUCCUGAACCCAGCGAGUCUGGGGAGCUCUUGGAUGCAGGGGACGUGUUUAUGAGUGGGGACGCAACGGAGCAGAAGCCCCCCCCGGCCUCAGGGCUGCUCCUCCAUCGCAAGGGCAUCCUCAAGCACAACGGCAAGUUCUCCCGCACAGCCCUAGAGCUCACGGCCCCCACUGCCUUCGGCUCCUUGAAUGAGCUGGCCUCGCCUUGCCCUCCAGCCCGGGCCGGCCGCCCCUCGGGGGCUGUGAGUGAGGACAGCAUCCUGUCCUCUGAGUCCUUUGACCAGCUGGACUUGCCUGAACGGCUCCCCGAGCACCUGCUGCGGGGCUGUGUGUCUGUGGACAACCUCACAGGGCUUGAGAAGCCCCCCUCUGAGGGCCCUGGAAGCAGGGGCCUGAGGCGCUGGAGGCAAGACUCCCUGGGUGAAAGCUGCUUCUCCCUGACAGACUGCCAGGAGGUAACAGAGGCCUAUCGACAGGCACUCGGGGUCUGCUCAAAGCUCAGCUGAGGGUGGGGGACGUUGCCCUACCUGGACAGGCUCUAAGAUGUAGCUGGUAACACCCUGAGGGGAGCUGCCUUUUCCCCUGCGUCCUGGGACCAGCAUCCCAGCCCAGCAGGCUGAGAUGGUUGGCAAUUUAGCACUGGGGAGGGUUGGACAUGAGGAAAAUGGGUAAGUGAAAUGCAUUGAGGAUUCAGUGUCUUCAGCCCUGUUGAACCAAGAAGCUAGAAGACGGAAAGAGGAAAGGAGUAGAGAAGGUCCAUCGCCAAGUCCAGGUUCUCUGUUUUGUAUACACACAGUAGGACCACAGAAAUCUGGAAAGAGCACUCUUAUCAGUACCCAUCUCCUUUAUUGCAGUGAGCGUUUGUUCGUGGUGCCUUCCUGCCAAGGUAGGGAUGGAAACUCUUCAUAUACACAUUCCCAUCCCCACCAGGCACUGAAACUGGAAUAUGGAAACUCCUAGUGUGCCUGGGACAUCCUAGGAACAGCCUCCUAGAGUGUGCCCUUCCUUAUUUCUCCCAGCAGGAAGAAAACACAACCUCUGUUUCCUCAAAAGUUCUCUCCUUUACUGUCCUGCAAACCUCCCCCAAGCCUC